AUGCAGCAGAUGCCGGACGAGAGUGAGCCCUUGCUGUCUCAGGCUGGUGCAAGCGAUGCAGAAGCGGAGCGAGGGCAGGCCGGGAGCCUAAUCGGCCAGCUCCGUCGUCGAAAGACUUACGUUGGCUAUGCCAUCGUCUCCAGCUUCGUCUCUGGUUUCCUCAUCCUCUUGAUCGUCCUCAUCGCUCAAGAGGCUCACUCCGGCUCACCUGACUCCCCGGCAGAGACGAAGCCUGUCUUCCCGCAGCUUCCCAAGCCUCAGCCAGGCCUCCGCAACCCGGCUUAUCUCGUUCGCGGACGCCAUGGCGCUGUUGCAGCGGAAUCGGGCAUUUGCUCAGACGUCGGGGUCGAUGUUCUCAAGGAGAACGGCACGGCUACAGAUGCAGCUAUAGCUGCCACGCUGUGCAUUGGCGUCGUAGACAUGUUCAGCUCAGGCAUCGGCGGCGGCGGCUUCCUCGUCAUCAGACCACCUGACUGCAUCGCCGCUCUCGACCGGUCUGCCUGCCCUGUGCCCAUUUCGAUCGACUUCAGGGAAACAGCGCCCGAGGCCGCACACCCGCGCAUGUUCGCAGACAAUGCUCUCGCAAGCAAAUUCGGUGGGCUUGCGAUCGGUACGCCUGGCGAGCUCAGAGGCCUCCAAGCCGCUUACCAAGCCUACGGUGGCGGGGUAUCAUGGCGAAGACUCUUCGAGCCUAGCAUAGAGAUUGCUGACAAGGGUUGGCCCGCAACCGACGCGCUGAUCAAUAGACUCAAGCUCUUCGGAGCCUGGAUGCUGGAUGCGCCAGAGUGGGCUGAAAUCUUCGCUCCCGCUGGCGACUUCCUCCGCCCGGGCGAGCUCAUACGUCGGCCGGCCUUAGCACGAACGCUGAGGACCGUCGCAGACAAGGGCGCAGAUGCGUUCUAUAAGGGAGCGAUAGCGCACUCGAUCGUCGAAACGACGAGAGCGGCGGGCGGUAUCCUCACAAAAGCCGAUCUGGCAAAUUACAAGGCCGUCGUCGAGCAGGCUGCAAGGGGGACGUACCGCAAUCGUACGAUCUAUACGACUCAGCUGCCAUCGUCUGGUCCUAUACUUAUCUCGCUGCUCAACACACUCGAGCCGCUGGAUUUGCUGGAGCAAGGCCGCACGGUCAAGAAUAUACACAUCUUUCUCGAAGCGCUCAAAUUCUCAUUCGCACAUCGCACUCACUUUGGCGAUCCCGCUUUUCAUGCCCAACCAGCUUAUCUCGCCAAGCUCAUGACGAAGCAAUUCGGUCGCGAGACGCUCGCAAAUAUCACUGGCGGCACACACUCGGUAUCCUACUACAAUCCUUUGUUCGAUGUCAAGACCGAUCAUGGCACCAUGCAUCUGUCCGUCGUCGAUGCGCACGGCAGCGCGGUCUCACUGACGUCUACCGUCAACCUUCCGUUUGGCUCGCGCGUCAUGGACCGCGAAACAGGCGUCAUCCUGAACGAUGAGAUGGACGAUUUCGCCACUCCCGGCGUGCCUGAUUACUUCGGCCUCGAGCCUUCGCCAUUCAAUUAUCCAGAGGCUCGAGCCGGACUCGGAAAGCGACCACUAUCGAGCACAAGUGCUGUCUUGAUGGACGAUGCAGACGGCAAAUUUCUACUUGCUCUGGGCGGCAGCGGCGGCUCGCGAAUCUACAGCGCAGUCGCUCAAGUUAUACUCAAUCUUGAUUGGGGUCAAGAUCUAUCUGCAGCGAUACAAGAACCUAGAGUACACGAUCAGCUCCUGCCAACGUACGUUUCCGUCGAGGGAUCCUAUUCGCCCGGCAUUCUUGCUGGCUUGGCUCAGCGUGGCCAUCGCGUUGAGCUCUUUGACAUCAACAUUGGCAUUGCAGCCGUGCAAGCCGUUCAGAAGCUCGGCGGGUGGUUUUACGCCGCAUCAGACAGUCGCAAGUGGGGACGAGCCGCUGCAUACUAG